GAGGCAUUGGUCUUCCGUCACUUGCUGCCGUCGACGAUUAGGAUUUCCCCGGCUUUUCUUUUCUCCAAAUUCCCCAAAGUCGUAACGUACAGAUAGGUUUAGGAGCAAAGAUUCCGCAGGGAGACGAAGAGGAGCCGUACCAAUUAGCUCAGAAUCCGACACUGAGAAGUAGGAAGAGGAGGAGGAGAGGGACAUGGACACUACAUAUCUCUCCCUCCCUGCCAAACGAACCAUUCAUCUCGCUGCCGGAGGAAUGUCCGACCCCAACAAGCGGUUGAAGCACCUUCCUCCAUCUCCGAAUCAACAUCAGCAUCAGCUGCCCGUGCCUCCUGGCCACGUGUGCUUCCGCCUCCUCUGCCACUCCUCUCGCGUCGGAGGCGUGAUUGGCAAGUCCGGCAGCAUAGUCAAGCAGCUCCAGCAGCAGACCGGCGCCAAGAUCCGUGUCGAGGAAGCUCCGGCCGAGUGCCCCGACAGAGUCAUCUCCGUAGUCGCUCCCGGUGUUGUCAAUAGUGGUGAAAUUGAUUGUUCCAAAGCCCAAGAAGCUUUGGUCAGGGUGUUCGAGCGGAUUCUGGAAGUAGCGGCCGAGACUGAUGGGGGAAGUAUUCCCGCAGGAAGGGUGGUGUCCUGUAAAUUGUUGGCGGAUGGGAGCCAUGCUGGGUCUGUGAUUGGCAAGGGAGGGAAGGUUGUGCAGAAGAUACAGAAGGACUGUGGUGCUCGAAUCAAGGUUAUGAGGGAUAAGUUACCUCUUUGUGCUGCUUCAACGGAGGAGAUGAUUGAGAUUGAAGGGGAACUUAUAGGGGUGAAGAAGGCACUGGUUGCCGUCUCUCGCUGUCUUCAAGAUUCUCAACUAUUUGAUAGGACAAGAAUGACCGGCAGCAAAGCUGUUGAGGUGGUUCCUCAAGAAUAUUUCCCUCAGGCGCGGUUGGAUGUAUUGUCACAACAUACCUCACUUCUAGCUGCCACACCAAAUAUCUCUACAUCUUACAUUUCAGGAGGUCAAUCUUUGUCAUUGGAAUCUGAAAAGCCGUCCAAUCAGGAAACAAGGGAACUGGAAGCGGAAGUUUCUUUUAGAAUCCUUUGUUCAAGUGAUAGAGUUGGGGGUGUCAUAGGAAAGGGUGGCAGCAUUAUCCAGGCUCUUCAAAAUGAGACAGGUGCUUCAGUAAUUAUUGGACCUACAGUGUCCGAUUGUGAUGAACGAUUAAUCACUGUUGCAGCAUCAGAGAAUCCAGAAUCUCGAUACUCUGCUGCACAGAAGGCGGCAGUCCUCGUUUUCACAAGAAUUGUGGAUGCUGGGAUUGAAAAGCGUCUGGAAGGCUCUCUUAACGGAUCCUCUGUCACAGCCAGGAUGGUAGUCUCAACAAACCAGGUUGGUUGUCUGCUGGGGAAAGGAGGGGUGAUAAUUUCAGAAAUGUGCAAGGUUACUGGUGCUAGCAUACGGGUACUAGGACGUGGACAACAGUUGCCAAUGUGUGUUCCAAAGAGUGAUCAAGUCGUACAGGUAAUUUCAGGAGAUUUGAUCAAGGUAAGAGAUGCAAUGUACCAUGUUACUGGCAGGCUCCGAGACAACCUGUUCUCGAGUUUACGGAGCACUUCUAUGACAAGGACUCCUAUAUCAACUGGAACCAAUGCUUAUGAAAGUCAAAGGAACAUAUCGAGGAUCCCUCUAAGGGAACCAUUAAGGGAGCCAUCAAGGGAAUCUUUCAUAGACCAGUAUAAGUAUCCUUCGGGGGACCCCCCAAGGGAAUCUUUCUCGGACCCGUAUAGGCAUUCUUCAGGGGACUCGUCAGGGGAAUAUUUCACGGACCCAUAUAGGUACCCUUUGGGGGAUCGAUCAAGGAAAUCUUUCACGGAUCCCUAUAGUUAUCCUUCAGGAGAGCAACUGAGGGAAUCUUUCAUAGAGCCAUUGAGGGAGCCACUUGGGGGUUCAUUCAGAGACCCAAUUAGGGAUCAUUCUAGAGACCGAUUAAGAGAUCAACUGACAGAUCCUAUUCCUCUUUCCUCACAGUUUUCAGUUGGCACUUCUCAUAGUUUAGGUCGACAUUCUAAUCUUGCACAUAGUUUGGAUCAUCUAGGUUUUUCUCAUGUUCAGGAUCGACCCCUGUCCCCAAAGACGUGGACGCCUCAGAUGAAAACUGGGGAAAAUACAAGAGGCUUUGCUGAUAUUAGCAGAGGAUUAUCUUCCUUCAAAGGAGGCCUUCACCUGGCCAGUUCCAGCAAGUCUGCAAUUGUCACAAAUACAACUGUGGAGAUUGCGGUACCUGAAAGCAUUAUCGACUGUGUGUAUGGUGAAAAUGGGAACAAUCUGGUUCGUUUGAGACAGAUCUCAGGUGCCAAGGUUAUAGUGCAUGAACCUCGUGUAGGAUCGAGUGACAGGAUUAUUGUUAUAUCUGGGACACCUGAUGAAACCCAGGCAGCACAGAGCCUUCUUCAAGCAUUUAUUCUCACUGGACAAACAUGAAUAAAAUCCACACCUAUGGUCAGAUAUCAUAUAUAUGUUAGAAUCGCUGGGAAAAGAACUACAACUCUUGCAUUUGUUGCUUUCUGUUUCGAUUUGCCCUUGUGUCGUCAAUCUUCGGGGUAGGCUGUAUAUUAAACUUCAUUCCAAACUACGCCGGAACCUUCUCUGUUCAAGACUCUUUGCACUGCAAACCAUCAACAUUAGUUUAACUCCAUUGCAAGCUGAGUGUUGCUUUCAAUAACCAUUUGCUGCAUCAUUAUCUCCUUUGCACGUGUAUAGAUUCUGGGGUUUUGUUCAUAACUGUAGUGAAAUGACUCCCCCAAAAUCCAAAGACCGUAUUCAACUCUGCAAAUGAAUGCAAAAAUAUCCUAAGUGUUUGCACAUUGCUGAAUUUAGUGAUCCCAUUUUCCAGUUGGUUCAUGGACAAGGAGAUAGAUAAGUUCUGAUGACUUGGUCAUUCUUUAUAUCAAUCACUGAGUCUUCCAAAAUGGAGGUAUAUGUAGGGUCAUCUAUCUUAAAAAAACUGGUUGUCACUGUUCUGCAACAAUCUUAAAAAAAUGGAGGUAUAUAAGAAUUGGCACUUAGAAUAGAUGGAAAGUAGAAGCAAGGUCAUCUGGGUUCUUCCCCAGAGCUUUUGCAACAGUCUUGCAUUAUGAUAGAAUAGAAUGAGGGGUAUUAUCAACAAGCGCCAUCUUGAUUGAGUGAAGGAUAACAUGGUCUUCUGCUACAAUUGGUGCUCGUCUGCUC